AUGGCCUACGAUAUUGAGGACUGCAUCGACGUCUUCAUGCACAAUCUUGUCCAAGGAGAUGACAAGGAUGGUUUGUUUCACAAGAUUGUAGGCAAGGUUAGGGAGCUGCGACUGCACUAUCAGCUUGCAAACAUGAUUCAAGACAUCAGAGUUCGUGUUGAGGAGCAGAUGGUGGUGGAAGUCGACCCAAGGCUGCCUGCAUUGUUUGAGGAUGCAAAAAGGCUUGUGGGCAUUGAUGGUCCACGGGACGAAAUCACCAAGAUGUUGAUGGGAAAAGAUGACCACCAUUCUGAACAGCUUAAAGUGGUGUCCAUCGUCGGUUUUGGUGGCCUUGGCAAGACAACACUUGCAAACCAAGUUUACACUAAAAUAAAAAAUGGGUUCGAAUGCGCAGCGUUCAUGUCGGUCUCUAGAACUGCUCACAUGCCAAAGAUUCUCAAGGACAUACUGUUGGGAGUUGAAUUUGAUGUCAAGGAAACAGAUGAUGAUGUCCAAAAGCUUAUCAAGAUCCUUAGAGCACAACUCACAAAUAAGAGGUACUUUGUCAUAAUUGAUGACUUUUGGAGCAUCAAGGAUUGGCACACUAUUGAGUGCGCUCUUGUCGAAAAUAAUAAUGCCAGCAGAGUGAUAACUACCACACGUAUUCAAGACAUUGGUAUAGCAUGUUGCUUUCCGAGUCAAGGUUAUGUAUACCAUAUGCAACCCCUUAAUGAGCUUCACUCAAGAAGGUUAUUUUUCAAAAGGUUAUUUGACACAGAAGAUAGGUGUCCUGAGCAAUUCAGAGAGAUUUCCAAUGACAUGUUAAGGAAAUGUAAAGGGGUACCAUUGGCAAUUACAAGCAUUGCCAGUCUUUUGGCUAACCACAUGCAAGUCGAGACAUGGGAGAAGAUAUAUUGUUCAUUAGGUUCCCAAUUGGACUCCAAUCCUACACUGGAAUGGAUGAGGCAUGUCUUAAGUCUUUGCUUCAAUGACCUGACCCUUGAGCUCAAGACAUGCCUGCUAUAUCUUGGUACGUAUCCUGAAGACUAUAAGAUCAACAAGUUUGAUUUGGUGAAAAAAUGGAUGGCUGAAGGAUUAGUUAGGGAAAAACAUGGUUUAGAUCUGGAGGAAGCUGCUGAGAACUGUUUCAAUGAACUCAUCAAUAGAAGUAUGAUCCAACCUUGCUUUGAUGAAGAUGGUUUUGGUGAGGUGUUGACAUGUCAAGUUCAUGACCUAAUGCUUGAGCUUAUUAUAUUGAAGUGCAAAGAGGAAAACUUCAUCACUAUAAUCGAUAGGAAGUUCCCCAUGAAUGGAGCAUCGCAAGUUCGCCGGAUCAGCCAUCAGUUCCAUAACAGAGACAUGGCCCUAACAGUCGAGAGUAUGAGUGCAUCACAAGUUCGGUCAUAUAUUUCCUUCUGUGUGCCUGAUUGUAUGCCUCCACUUUCAAAAUUGGAGCUUUUGAGAAUCUUGGACAUGAAACAUAGAUUUUGUGUGGAGCCUAUGUGCCUUGAUUUAUCUUCUAUAAAUCACCUAUUUCUGCUGAGGUAUCUGAGGGUCUGGGACUUUCAUGCUGAGCCACCAAAGAAAUUUGGCAAACUAAAGCAUUUGAUGACCCUAGAUAUGUCCGAACCAUUCUUGUAUGGUCCAAGAGAACAACUAUCAGAUUUUAGUUCCUUGUCAUCUAUAAGGCAUCUCAGUUUACCAGGACGUGUAGCGUUCAAAAAUGGGCUUAGCAAGUUGUGCAACCUACGUGAUCUGUCAUGUUUUCACAUUGGGACUAAUUCCAUAGAGUGCAUCAAAGAUCUUGGUGAGUUGACCAAUCUUAGUAAUCUUCAGGUGAUAUAUGAUUACUCUAGGCCAGGUGACGUACAAAAUAAUCCUGAGACAACAAUCCUGGCUGCCUCUCCUAACAAGCUUGGGAACAACAACCUCCGCCAUCUGAUUUUUGAGGUUCCGCUAGGUGGCAAGGCCCCCUCAGCACAAUUCUGGAGUAACUGCUUGGCACGUCCACGGCAUCUACAGAGGCUUGGCUUGUAUGGCGUAACAUUGCCCAAGCUACCAAAUUGGAUUGCGCAUGCUGACAGGUUGGUGCAUGCUGUACUGGGCGUCCAGGAGCUCCGAAGUGAUGACGUCCAGGUUCUUGCACAGUUGCCCUGCCUCAUCUACCUCCGGUUAAAAGCUGAAACAAUCCCAGAGAAGAACAUCAUUAUCCAUCCAAGCACAUUCCACAGCCUCAAGAGCUUCAAAUUCUUUUGUGGUGAGCUGCCAUGCUUGACUUGCGAUCCAGACGCAAUGCCGAGGCUACAGAGACUGGAGAUGGAACUAGAUGCUCGCGGACAAGGUGCAAUGCAACUGCAAGAGGGCAGUCCAGUUGGUGGCAUCAAGCACCUUGCUAGCCUUGAAGAGAUCUCUCGUUGUUUAUAUAUGCCAAAUGCGAUCAAAGUUCCAAAAUAA